CCUCUGUUCACAUCUAUGUGUAUAUGAUAUAUUUAGUGUAGUAUGAUUUACGUUAGCGAGCUUAGACCUGCGGAUGUCCACAUGUUCUACACCUGACUGCCUGACAUCGACAUCAUCGACACUUUUACGGCUUAUCCCCCUCGGCUAUCUCGACGUCUCACUUUCGACUCUACUCGGGUAGUCUAUAGCAUAUAUCUCGCAUGUUUUCCCCUUCUAAUUAUGUUCUUUGACGCUUUCCCAUAUUUCCUUGAGCACCUAUUCUUCACUUCGGAAGAGGUUUUGAUCCCUUGCUACUGAUUUCGAGUCACGAAAUACCAAGACUACUAUCAUCAUGACCCAGGGACGCUGCAAUUGCUCAAAGAUCAAGGUCUCCAUCCCGUCACUGCCCGAGCAGUCAGCAAUCUGCUACUGCUCGAACUGUCGCCGGGCUGGGUCCAGCGUGGGCUCCAUUGUCUAUAUUUUCAACAAAACGGACGUCACGAUUGAUGAUCCGAGCAGCUCCCUCAAAAGCUACAAAGAUUGCGACACAAAGAGUGGUAAUACGAUCACGCGACAGUUCUGUGGCAACUGCGGAUGCCCAAUCAUGUCCUUAUUCGCAGGCGAGACACCACAGGUUAUCCUGAAAGGAGGAAUUUUUGAACAUAUACCCGCGCCUGCGUUUAAAUCUUUCGAUCACGAAGAACCAACGUGGAUGAAGGUUGUGAAAGCUGGUGAGGAAAGCUCGUAGUCUGUAUAUCUGCUUAUAUCUGUAUAAGACGCGCUUCGAAUCGUGUGCCAAAC